AUGUUCCGGGUUCAGGAUAAGGAUGGUGAUGGGAGAAUAGAUGCAGCAGAGCUUGCUGAUGUCUGGAAGGAUGCACUAAGGAAGGGUGCUUCUCGGCACAGAUCUAUCGAUGCAGGGUUGAUGGCUAGUGAGGUUGCACGUACGUUGGACAUUAUGGAUAUCGAUGGUGAUGGCACUGUUGAUCUAGAAGAGUUCAAGCAUGCUAUGCUGGUCAAUGGUACUAUGCCUCACCAUCUUAUGGAGGUCAAUGAGCUCCUGCGUCGAAAGCUACAGAAGGAUCCUCUUCUACUCCAUGACAUUAUUGACGAAUUCGUGCGGCUAGACACCAGCGGUGUAGGUAUCCUCUCGUAUCAAGAUAUCUAUGAUGGAUUACUAUCUCGCCUUGGUGACGAUGGCAAAUCUAAGAUAGAGGCAUUGAGAGAUAUGGAUCUGGAUGGUAGUGGGUCCAUCGACUAUUAUGAAUACCUUUACUAUACGUUGGGUAGACGUAAGGAGAAAGUUGAGUUAUUAUUUUAUGAUAUAUCCAACGGUGCCUCUAGGACCUUGGGCCCAAUACUAUUCGGCCAUAGAGUUGAGGGUAUCUGGCAUACAAGCAUAGUCGCAUUCAAUAAGGAAUGGUGGUAUGGUGGCAAUGUAUUCCGUAGUGUACCGGAGACCACACCCUUUGGAACGCCUAUCAAGCGUAUCCAACUUGGCUACACCCUCCAUACUCAGCGAGAACUCUAUAAUGUGCUAGUGGAAAGGCUGUCCUUGGAGUACACUCCGGAGAGCUAUGAUGUUAUGACCAACAACUGCAAUAACUUCACUAAUGAUGUGUCGAUGUUCCUACUACACAAGG